GUUUAACUGAGCAUAUUGCCCCGCGUUCCAUGCGAAACGCACGAGGGGUGCAGUCGCGUUGACCUCCCCCCCCCCAUUGGUGAAGUCUACGGGGAGGCGGCGCGACCAUACGGGUGAGGUAACUCCUGCCCCAACAGGUUUCCACCGCAGUUGGUUGGCUCCCCAUUUGGGAGGCUGCGCGGUCGCUUCGUUUGCGCUGUAUUCCCCUUCGGUGUGCCCCCCUCACAGUAUACACUGCCAUAAGAGGGGCACGGCCAACCGGACGAUUUCCCCCCUCCCUUCCUCUAGCUAGAGGGACGGCCCUCCCCCCAAAUGAGUUUCAAAAAUAAAAGGGCAAAAUUUGUCACCAUCUAGAGGCACGAUUUGUCUCCUUUUUUUUUUUGUUCACUCCUGUCUUGGUGAAGCUUCCCUUUUUUUUCCCUUCCAUCGUCCGCUCAGCAAAGAGGGAGGCGAGCAUAGCGGUCGUAUAAUUAUUCCCCCGCUACGCUCGCCUCCUCCCCCUAAGGGGGUGCUCCUCAUCCCAAGUGGUUUCACCCUUGACGUGGGAAAAAAACACAACAUGGGAAGCGGAAAAGGUGGGGAAGCAACGGAGAGGUACGGGGAGUGCCUGACAAGGCUCUAUCGAACGCACUCUCUAAAGUUGGGGCUGGAAAGAAUGAAGGCGCUAAGCGAGAGCUUCGGAAAUCCAGGUGAUAGUUACAAGACAAUUCACGUGGCUGGCACGAAUGGAAAAGGAUCCGUGUGCCACAAAAUAAGUGUCUCUUUAAAGCUGCGCAACUACAGAGUGGGGCUGUUUACAUCUCCACAUGUAUUCUCCCUCCGAGAAAGAAUCAAAGUGGAUGACGAGUGUAUAAGUGAAGAGGACUUGGUCUCUCUCGUGGGGGAAGUUUGGAAGAAGGCAGACGAGCUGGACCUGAAGCCAUCCUUUUUUGAAACUGUAACCAUCGUUGCGUAUCUGUUCUUUAGAGCGAAAGGUGUGGAUUAUGCAGUCGUGGAGACUGGGAUUGGGGGUCGCCUAGAUGCAACCAACAUUUUGAAGAAGCCAGAUUUGGUCAUCAUCACCUCGAUUGGCUACGAUCAUCAACAGCUCUUAGGGACCCACCUCAGUGACAUUUGCGAAGAAAAAAUUGGGAUAAUUAAACGCAGCACAAGUGUAGUCGUCGGGCCGUCCGUAUCACUCUAUAGGAGCCUCUUCACCAGAGCUACCGACUUGGGCUGCACCCUUACGGUCGUCCCACCGGAACCUCGCGGAGAGACAUUCAACGAGGAAAACACAAGAAUAGCAACGGAGGCGCUUAAGGUCCUAAAGGUAGAUGCUCCAUCAGAUCCCAUUCUCCAAGCAGUAAUAUGUGUGAAGCCUCCACUAAGGAUGCAGUACCUUGCUAGUGAACAGCUGGAGCAUGUGAUGAAGAAGGUUUCCCCCUCCCCUGGGAGUUUCACCAGUGGGGCUUCUCUCCCCCUGGCUGUCAUCCUCGACGUGGGCCACAACGAAACGGCCGUCGAUCGGCUCUGCCAAGAUGUCAACUGCUUCCACAAGGGCAGGCCCAUACGCGUCUGCGUCUGCGCCACCCGCCCGCGCAGCCUGGCCAUCUUCCAGCCCCUCGUGGCGCACUUCCAGGGCCUCCUCCAGGUGGGCAGCGGCGAGGAGAAAAGCGGAACGACGUGGAGCGGAGUUCCGUCCCUCCCCGACGCGCUGUUGCCUUUUCGACGCACUAUAUCGCUUCUUCGUAUUCCUAUUAUGUGGACUCGUCUGCCAAUUUGCCCACCUCUCCUUCGUCUGCGUCUACCAAUUUUUCCUCCCCCCCCGCAGGACGUCCUGUACCUCCCCUCCCUGAACGACCGCACGUACGAUUUCGCCGAAGUUGCAGAAAUGCUCAACGGAGACGAGCAGAUAAGUGGCGAGCUGCGGGGGCUGCUACUGCGCAGCGCCGAGAAGGUGACUGGGUGGCUGGCAGGCAACCCCUACACGCGCGGUAAGGCUGGCGAAGGCGCGCCCAAGAGCACCAUCCCCCUGAUCGUGAAAAACGCCUUCCUCGAGUGCUGCAAGGACAAGUCCAUUUUGCUUAUCUGCGGGACCUUUUUCAUGUUUGAUGAAGUCCUGCCCGUCUUUGACAUCCGCUCGGAUCUGCAGGACCCCAUUUCGAUGAACGAGCCAUCCCCCAUGUGA